CCUGUUACUCAGUUGAAUAAGAACAGUCGAUCAUUUGAUGAUAAUGUUGAAAAUGAAAUGAAAUAAGUUUAAUGCACAGAUUCUGAAGUCCUUGCUGUGGAUGUGAAGAUAUUUUUAUUCACAACUGAACACUGAGAGUUCAAACUGGAUUAUUACCUCACUGAACUGAAAGUGAAACUGAAGAAGGAUUGUGACAUUUCACUCAGAGAGAAUGACGUCUAAAAGUUUUUCUGAGGAGGAUUUAUCUUGUCCUGUGUGCUGUGAGAUUUUUAAAGAUCCUGUUGUGUUGUCCUGUAGUCACAGUUUCUGUAAAGAAUGUAUUGCAAUUGACUAAAAAGCUAUUUUUCAAAUUACCAGAUUGUCUGACCUUCUCGCUCACUUUCAUCCAAGCAACGUCCUUUUUAUUCCUCUUUUGAUAAAAGAAGAUGCAUCAUAAAGCUCCGGGUAUCCACAUACCGUAGAACGGCGCCUGCAGUACAUUCUAUAAUCUACCCGCCACAAAUGUGACUUCACAAUUUCCGCGAUUUAGUUAAAUACUUUCUCCUCGAUGGAUUUCGAUGAAAUUUCGUAAGUAACAAGAUAAAACCUAUUCCACCUACAUUUCAUUAGUGUCCAGAGCUUAGAUGAAGCCCACCGACCGGUUGGACGCAACGCAAAUUUUCUGAAACCCGCGGUGACCGAGAAGGGGGAGUCUGCAGACCUGGAGCAUGCAGUUUUGCGCCCCAUGCAGUUUUAGGAACCUGUUGUUCCUCAUUUCUCCACUAGGGGUUCGCUGUUCAUUAUGAACCACCAGAACAGACCUAACAGAUAACUUCAUCGUCUAUCGCGAGUUAGAGGUAUGGUAAAUAAUCGUUUUUCUUACUAAGAAAUGGUCCAACAUGCAUCGUUUUUUUACGAUUAAUUGAUAUUGUUAUGAACUAAUUUAAACAUAUUAACAUAUAUAUAUAUAAUAUAGAUAUUGGUGAGUGUAAUUUAAACUCAAAGACAAUACAGUUAAUACUUAUUGGCGACCAGGUCAAUGUUGUGUCUGGAUAAGCCUUAGCUAACCACGUGUAUGCCAACUCGAUAUCUCUUACUCAUUUUCAUAUUUAUUUUCUUUAUAAUUUAUUCUCAUUUUGUCUCCGUAGUCAGUGCGAGAUGGCCUGUCCUGGUAAAGAAAUUCCAUCAACACAGAGAGGUUGCGAAGUACCAACAGUCAGCAAAUGCACCUCUUGCUGUUCACUGUAUCACUGUCCAUUCUGCAGUAUUUCUUUUUACAAACCCUCAAAGAAAUAUAAAGUACAGACUCAUCUUCAGCUUCACUUUUCAAGGGCAGUUGUCCAUGACGAUUAUACAAUACACCGAUGUGGUCUAGGAUGUCAGACAAGAUUACAUUACCAUUGUGUAUAUUGUUCUUUAAUUGUAUUCCGAGGUGUCCACUUUGUGGACCACCUUACCAGAUGUAAGAUCAGCAAUGGAGCAUUGACCAGCACUGUUUCAUCCACCAUUUAUGAUGUACCACUUUUGACUGCCACUUCACAUACAAUUCAUGGUGUGCCACCUCUGACCACUGCUACACCCAACAACAUGCCUGGCGCUGUGCCACUCAUCAGUAGACCACAACUACGUAACAGGAUGGUUGUUAGGAAAAAAUGCCCUCAUUGCCACAUUACCAUUCAAAAAUUUUUUUAAGAAAACAUAUGGAGAGAAAACACACAAACUGUAGAGACGACAUUACAGCAACUCAUCACCUUUAUACUGACUGCAUAGACAAAGCUAAUGGUGUCUAUGCAGUCCAGAAACAUUUUCUUUCUACAAGUGUUCCGGUCCAUGUUGUUUACAAAGUCUGGGGAGCAGAGCAGAAUGUCAGAUGCGAGUUGCCAACCUGUCAAGUGGACAUCGACUUAGCUAGGAGAAGUGGACUAACCCAAUACAGAUGCUAUCACCUCAGGUCACUAGACUACUGUGGAUCCUAUGCUGAUGCUCUUACUCUGUCUGAAAGUACCCUGACAGAUAUGGUUGGGUUAAAAUGGAUCGGAAAUGAAAGAAAGACAGACUGCCUACAAAGACAAAUAGUGGCCACCCAAGACAACAAACCCUUGUCUGUAGCAACAAGGGUUACAAGGCCAUCUUCCAAGAGGUGCAUUUCUGUCUAUGAGCCACAUGCAUCAUAUUAUGCCCAAUAUGGAAGAAUAAUGGUCACAUACAAUGUGAAGCAGAAAUCCUGGCAUUGCCCUUGUGCCAGGUCAAGAAGAUCCUGCCUCCAUAAAUACAUUGCGAAAUGGCACCUUUUCCAGACUGAGCGUCAGCUAUUCAGGACCGUUCAAAGCACAGAUCAUGCCAGUCCAAUUAAUGAACAUGUUGAUGAUGCAGGUCUACUGUACCCUCCACCAAAAGAACUGGAAUCUAUGAUUCGCUACACCUUGAACAAGAAGACUAUUCCUGCUAUUAUUCCUGAGCACCUGGGUCUGCCUUCAUUUUCAAGCACAUACCCAACCAGCCUCAUUCCUGAUGAGAUGUUCUGCCAUAGAUGUGCUGGAAAUGUACCCUUAUCAGACCCUCUGCUCAUAACAUCAAAAGCCAAAAUUUUUACAAAUACAAGAAUUAUCAAUGAUGUUUCUACCUACUCGAAAUGUUGCCACCAAUGUGGAAUCCACUACAGGUAUCAGGAGUGGAAAGAUGGUCUGCACAAUUUUAAUGACAGUGUAAUCCUUGACCUCCCCUUUUGCCUGCAUAUUAGAAACAUGCUACAGGUCCACACUGCUGUUGGAAGAGUGGUUGAGUGUCUGGAGCUCACCUUGAGGGAAAAGUUUCCUCCAGCUAAAACAGUGCCCCACGCCUAUCUCCAUUUUGAGGCACUCACAAAACACGGGUAUGAAUACACUUGUGUGACAUGUGGGGAUCAUCCAUCCGUUGUAAUCAUGGAUCUCCACAGAAAAGGAGCAUUCAACAUGUCAUGUAAGUCAAUGUCAAAUGUAUUUAUACAGCGCUAUUUAACUCAACGGAGGUUGACCAAUGUGCUGCACAAUAAAACAGAUUGAAGGUAAGUGUGCUACCAUGGACCAAAUAGAUUUUCUGUGCUUCGGGCAAAUAAUGCUUUCAGGUCAUUUGACACAGGAUGUGCAUGUGUUUCCACAGCAGGCUUUAAUUGUAGAUAAUAUUUAUAAUAUUUUGGCUUUCUUUGUUAUUAGUGAGUGACAUCAAACCACCGCCAAAGAAUUAUAACGGCUACGUGGAUAUGGAAGACUUCUGGGAGACACCAGCCCUGCAAAUGAUUGGUUGUUAAGGACAGAGCGGCAACCCCUUCACUGUUCACCCCAAUUACCAAUUCGGGGCACCAUGGAUUGGAAGACAUACACGCAAGUCAAAUCAGUAUCUCAACACAGAGUUUGAGAAAAUCCACCAACCCAAAGAAGCUGAGAUUUGUGAUAUAACUGUUUCUGAAGAUAGACUUAAAAAUGAGCUUUACACGAAAAAGGUAUCAGUGAUAAGAAAGCUGUGCAAGGAAUGUGGCAUUGAUUCCAUUGGCUCAAAAACAGACCUCCUUGGUAGACUUUCAUUGGAAAUGAAAACGAGACAGACUUAUGACAAAGUGUUUGAAAAGAUUUGGGGUGCCUCUGGAGGAUGGGGUGUGGUAAUGUGCCCUUGUGGCAUUGUGUACACUAUAAAAUGCUGUUUACGUGCAGAGAGUCCGAGAGACUUUGCAGAUAUCCUCCUCUCAUGGAAGCACAUACCAAAUGUUGUAAUCUAUGAUUUUGCACGUGGACUGGCCACACACACACCAAUCUUCGCUCCCCAGAGGUGCUAACCUUCACACCACACGAAGGUCGUCUAGCUGACCCCACAGACAGCAACAUAAAGAUGGCAAAGGAGGGAAAGUUCAAGAUCUCCCUACCAUGGCUUAAUAUAAAAAAACAAGUCCCCGACAGCCACGGCCAUCCAAUUACAGGCUCUGCAGAGCACUAUGUCCUCAAUGACAAAUUUCAUGAAGACAAUUCGAAAGAUCAACGAGAUGCUCGCCGCAAGAUUGGUCUUGUAGCCCAACUUGCUGGUAAAGUAAACAGCCAGGUUGUGGAGCAGUUUUUUAGCAAAUUAAAGAAAAACAACUACUUUCUGAAUAUGACCCUUCCAUCAACACACAUCUUCCUCAUGAGAAGUAUCAUCCACCACCACGACAGUCAGAAGAAUUUGAAAAGACUAGAGGCCUUCAAGAGAGUCUUUGGGACAGAAGUUGUGCUGAACAUCAAUCACCAGGCUGUUAUUGCUACUUUAGAUAUGUCAGAGACCUCCACUCAGCCUCAUGUUUCAGAAGACCAAUUGACCAAUAUUUCUGGCUCAGAGGCAACAGUAGAUGUGCCACCUUUACCAGAGUCUGUUCCCCCUUUAACAGGAAUAGUAGCCUCUGCAGAAGGGAUCAUGCAAGAUUUUAUGAUUUUAGAGGAUGCAGAUGAAAAUUCAACCCAACCUUGGAAGAAGCCUCAUAAUCCUCUACAAGACAAAUUGCUCAGAUACAUACUUGACACGAGGCGGCUGGCUGAUGAGGUCAUUGUGAAGGAGGGAGCGACAUGCCUCACAAGAGCAGAUUUUUGGACUUUAGGUUUGAGACGGGACAUGGAGUCAGAUAUUGGAAAUGCCUGCAUGAAAAUCAUCUAUGAAGAUGCUCGAGCACAUGGCAAAGACAUAUACAUUGCCGACCUGUAUCUUGUUCCAACAUGGAAAACUGAUAAAGAUCCCCUAGCGUACUUACCUAGUGAUGCUGACAUGAAGGAUGCCCUUGUGUUUCCUGCAUGGACACAAGCUGCCGGACCAGACCAUUAUGUUUUAUGUGUCCUGAAGCCACUGUUAAGAGAGAUCCUCCUACUAGACUCCCUGUAUAGCAAUCAUGAGUCUGGUUUUGGAGAUGACCAGUACAGAGACAUCUUUAGGAGUAUUGCACAUCGUCUCGAUCCUGGACAGUGGACAGAAGUCACAGGAUUGGAUAUUGGGGCCUUUCCUCAACAGAGCAACAUCCAUGAUUGUGGGAUUUUUAUGCUCAUGUAUGCCCUCUACACUGUGCUGAACACUCGAUUUAGUUUCACUCAGCUUGACAUGCCUGUAAUCAGAGAGUGGUGGUGUCUACGUCUCAUUGAGCGGUUUGAGACAGAGGGGUAUGGGAAAAGGUUUGCCCACUGGAACGAGGAUGCAAGGUGCCUGACUGAAGGGACAUUACAACCUCUUUACCGGGAUUUUCCAGGUCUAACUUAUGACCUGCCACAACAUGUUGUUGAAAGGAACCGUAAGUCAUGCAACCAACCGUUGGUGGACUUCAUUGUAGCAACAAGAGGAACAGAUAACCACAUUCAGUCCAUCAUAAAUGGCCAAAAGAAGUCAAAGUGGCUUGAAAUGUUUUCCAAUCCUUCUGCCAAGACCAUGCUUGUACCUGUAUACCUUGAAGAUCAGGACCAAAUAGAUGACGUCUACAUUCACCUCACUUCAGUUCUAGACAGGAGACCCACACACACUCACAGUGACACAGUCAAGUUUGUUAUGGAUGUCCUUUUUCCAGAGUCCAUCAUCUAUGCUCUUGCUGCUUUGGAAAAUGUCACCAUGCUGGAGGCUGAGAACAAAUUUUUACGAGGGCCUGUCAUUGACAUAAGUGAGCGGGAGCAGUUUGACAGGAGGAUUGGACAUUUUUUAAAGAAGAGUGGCAACCCAUGGGAAUCGUAAUCUAGAGACAUCCUAGGAUAGUUUUUGAUCAUGGUAUCAAUAAAUUUUGUUCACAAAAAACUUGUCUUUCUUUCUUUCAUGAAGCGGUGAAUUG